AUGAAAGACAUCCCUUAUGCUUCUGUAGUAGGGAGCCUUAUGUAUGCACAGGUAUGCACUAGGCCUGAUAUUGGAUAUCCAGUAGAAAUGUUUGGCAGAUACCAAAGUAACCCAGAUAUAGAGCACUGGAAAGCUGUCAAAACGGUUAUGAGGUACUUGCAAGGAAAUAAAGACUUCAAGCUUAUAUACAGACAUUCUGACCGUUUGGAAGUGGUUGCAUAUUCAGAUUCGAAUUUUGUUGGAAACACAGAUACAAGAAAGUCUACUUCAGGAUACAUCUUCCUUCUUAUUGGAAGUGUCGUAUCUUGGAAAAGUAUAAAACAAACUAUUGUUGCAUCAUCCACUAUGGAGGCAGAAUUUAUCGCAUGCUAUGAAGCUACAGCAUAG